AUGUGCUGGGAUGCUGCAUAUGAAAGAGAACUGCAGACUUUUCAAGACAUUGGAGAUGUUGGGGAAAUUUGGUUUGGUGAAGAAAGCAUGGUUCGCAUAAUCAGAUGGUUGGAAAAACAAAAGAUUCCCCUUGACAGCUCUGUGCUUGACAUUGGAACUGGAAACGGUGUUUUACUCAUUGAAUUGGCAAAGUCUGGCUACACUGAUCUCACUGGGAUUGAUUACUCUCCUUCUGCAAUACAACUUUCAGAAAAAGUAAGAGAGAAAGAAGGGAUGCCUAACAUUAAAUUAAAGGUAGAAGACUUCUUGGCUCCAUCAGCUGAGCUGUCAGGAUUUGAGAUUUGUAUUGACAAGGGGACUUUUGAUGCCAUAAGCCUUAAUCCUGAUAACGCGGUGGGAAAGAGGAAGCAGUACGUGAGAUCUCUCUGCAGUGUAUUGAAACCAGAGGGCUUUUUCCUCAUAACAUCUUGCAACUGGACCAAGGAGGAGCUGUUGAACGAGUUCAGAGAAGGAUUUGAAAUUCUGGAGGAGCUGCCAACACCCAAGUUUUGCUUUGGAGGAAGAAUUGGAAACAGUGUCACAGCAUUGGUUUUCCAAAGGAAAAAACUGAGGCCAUCCGUCUUGGACAAAUUAGAUUAGUUGAGAAAAGUCUGAACUUUAAACCUGACAGAAAACCUCAGACACGUGUGUAAAUAAAUGCUCUUUGAGUGCACAGUAAAAUACUAUGUAUGGAACUCUAAGGGACUAUAAAACAUUGCCCUAGAAAUAUUUCAGCUUUGCGUAACUUGCCCGUAAAUUUUGUCCUUGCUACAACCUCACUUAUUUUAGGGAAGCUGCAAGUUUUGUAAGUGAGAGAUAAAUAAGGCAUUCUAAAUAGGGAGACUGGUAUAACUGAAUUUGUGUUUGGAGCUUAAAGAUUAUCUGGUAUUUAAUUUCUGUAUUGGUAAUCAGCAAUAGAGGUAAAGGUAUUCUACAAAGCAAAAA